CAGCAGCUCAAGAAAAAACAUCCAUGCAGUCAGAAGUACAAUAUACAAAGGUCUUCAGGGAGAUCCUCACUCCACCCCGGUCCGCAUCUGCCCAGUCCCCUCUCAAAAGAAGAGGUGCUUUCAGGCGAUGAUGACAGAGCUGAGUAAUUCCAGCCGAGACCUUGUGGUAUGCAAAGCCGAAAACAUUUGCUACCUGGCUCUUUCCUGGGAAAGUUGGCCGGCUCCUGCUUUACGCUCCUGUUCACCAGUGGUCCUAAGAGGCAGAUGCGGCUCCCCUUAACCUCCGGCACAUGGGUGGGAAUGUCCACCAGCUAUGGAAAAGGAUGCGGCCACACCUCAACCUGAUCCCUCCCGCAUAAAACCAAAGCCACCUCCAGAUACAGACUCCAGUGCCUCCGUCUCUAUGCAGAACCUGGAGAGUAGAGACCUACUCCAGUCCCUGGAAGAAGCUGGGUCUGCAGGCAGUGAUUUGAGGACUGGAAUUUGAACCAGACACUUUCUCCUUUUGCUCUUCUUCAUCCAUACUCAUGCCCAAUACCUCCCAGGAGACUGCUUUAUUUAUUUCUAGAAGAACAGUAUUGGGGCAGUCAUUGUCACCUCCCCACGUCUGGACAUUUUCUUUGGGCUCCAUUGGGAGCCUAGAGCCCAGCGGUUGACGUAAUUGACGCACUGGGAAGGUGGGUGAGGAGUGUCCAGGGGCCGUGGGCGGAGGACGGAGCCGGAGGGUCCCAGGAUGGUACCUAACGGCACAGCCUCCUCCUUUUGUCUGGACUCUCCCCCGUGCAGGAUCACUGUCAGCGUGGUCCUCACCAUCCUCAUCCUCAUCACCAUUGCCGGCAACGUGGUGGUCUGCCUGGCUGUGGGCCUGACCCGCCGGCUCCGCAGUCUGACCAACUGCUUCAUUGUGUCUUUGGCUAUCACCGAUCUGCUCCUCGGCCUCCUGGUGCUGCCCUUCUCGGCCUUCUACCAGCUCUCCUGCCAGUGGAGCUUCGGCAAGGUCUUCUGCAAUAUCUACACCAGCUUGGACGUGAUGCUCUGCACGGCCUCCAUCCUCAACCUCUUCAUGAUCAGCCUCGACCGGUACUGUGCAGUCACGGACCCCCUGCGCUACCCCGUGCUGGUCACCCCCGUCCGGGUUGCUGUCUCUCUUGUCUUAAUUUGGGUCAUCUCCAUCACCCUGUCCUUCCUGUCCAUCCAUCUGGGGUGGAACAGCGAAAAUAAGAACAGCAGUUUCAAUCACACCAUCCCCAAGUGCAAAGUGCAGGUCAACUUGGUGUAUGGCUUGGUGGAUGGGCUGGUCACCUUCUACCUGCCGCUGCUGGUCAUGUGCGUCACCUACUACCGCAUCUUCAAGAUCGCCCGGGAUCAGGCCAAGCGGAUCCAUCAUAUGGGCUCCUGGAAGGUGGCCACCGUAGGGGAGCACAAAGCCACAGUGACACUGGCUGCCGUGAUGGGAGCCUUCAUCAUCUGCUGGUUUCCCUACUUUACCGUGUUUGUUUACCGGGGGCUCAUAGGGGAUGAUGCCAUCAACGAGGCCAUUGAAGCUGUUGUUCUGUGGCUGGGCUAUGCCAACUCGGCGCUGAACCCUAUCCUGUAUGCCACGCUGAACAGAGACUUCCGCACGGCAUACCAGCAGCUGUUCCGCUGUAGGCCUGCGGGCCACGGGGUCCCGGAGACCAGCCGGAGGUUUGGCAGCUCUCAGCUGGCCAGGAGUCAAAGCCAAGAAGUUGUGCGGCAGGAAGAGAAGCCCCUGAGGCUCCAGGUGUGGAGUGGGACAGAGGUCACAGCCCCACGGGGAGCCACAGACAGGAAGCCCGCGCUCUCCAGUACGCUGUGCUCCGGCAACCUUCUAAGCUGCUGCAAGAGUCUGUGGGGGCGUAGGUUCCUCCAGAGACACAUGAGAGGCCCCUCAGAGGAGCAGCCAGGAGAGACGCUGUCCAAAGAGCCACUGAGGACACCACCCCAGGAAGCGGGGAGGACUCUGCCCUCCGAGGCUGUGUAGACCCGGCCCAGGACACACAAGAUACUGCUUCUGGUCACCAAGAUUGGACUCCUGGAGCCAUUAAGGACCCAGAAGCCCCCAGAGCCACCAAGGAGGCACCCUAGCCUGAGUCUAGGGACUUCUGGAGCACACAGCGGGGUGCUGGGGUCCUCAGGUCUAUGCAGAGCAGCCCGGCCGGUGCUCAGCAUUCCCAGCAGAUGUUCAGAACUCUCCUGGGCAUGGGUCUGCUGCAUCCCAUGGGUUCAAAGCUCACGUUGGGGCUGGCCCCAAGUCUCGAGCCGAGAUGGCUGGAAUGGGGGGGAUGUGUGCACAGGUGUGUGCGUGGAUUUGGCCACGCAGGAACA